CUUUGAUAUACCUGUUUGGGGAGUUCAGUUAAAAGAAACACACCUAACAAAAGAGAUGAAAGAAGGGUUUGGCCUUCAGAUGUUUGUUGCUUCGUGCCGUGAAGGACAGGAAGUGAUGCUUCGCUGGGUCUUGUUCGCUUUGUUCCUUGGCAUCUGUGCCAAUGCUGCAGAACAGAAAAAGAAGAAAGCAGCAGGGAAGCAGCAGUCCUUUGCAAGGGGAUGGGGAGAGAGUAUUACUUGGGUCAAAACUUAUGAAGAAGGCCUGUCGGAGAUGGUCAAAAAACACAAGCCUCUGAUGGUCAUCCAUCACCAAGAAGACUGCCCGCACUGUCAAGCACUGAAGAAGGCAUUUGUUGCUUCAAAGCCCAUCCAGAAAAUGGCCAAAGAGGAUUUCAUCAUGCUCAACCUGUUGGAAGAGACUACUGACAAGAAUCAGGCUCCUGACGGCUACUAUGUUCCCAGGAUCCUCUUUGUUGAUCCAUCUAAGACUGUACGCACAGACAUCAUGGGAAAGUACAGCAAUUACCACUACACCUACGAGCCUGAGGACAUCAAAGAACUGGCUGAAAACAUGAAGAAAGCCAAAAAACUGAUGAAAGAUGAACUGUAACGUGGUUCAGUGUGACAUCUUGCUGAGCUGCUCACUGAUCAGCACUGA